UACAGGAGAACCGUGUAAUGGGUUGGACUGUAGUGGGGGAUGCAAUUGUAACCCAGAGAAAGGCAGCAGGGGGCGUCCAGGGGCCUUGGGGCCAGUAGGACCCAGUGGACCAGAGGGCUUCCCAGGUGACCAAGGGCCAUCAGGGCCCAAAGGAGAGAAGGGUCACGUCGGACUCGGGGGCCCCUCUGGGCUGAAAGGAGAAAAGGGGCCUAUGGGCGUACCAGGGUUCCCAGGAACCGACGGAGUCCCAGGUCACCCAGGUGCGGACGGUGGCAGGGGUCUAGCGGGUGCAGACGGGUGUAACGGUACCCAGGGAGACCCAGGUCCCAGAGCUCUAGAUGGAGGAAUGCCUGGAGCUCCAGGACUCUCUGGGCCUACAGGUCCUAAAGGACAGAAGGGAGAGCCUGUAUACGUUGGACUCAGUGGGGGAGUUCCUGGUCGGCCUGGACCGGAUGGUGUACCUGGUCCUAGAGGUCCAGACGGAGGUCCCGGUGACUUCGGCCCCAGAGGUCCUGAUGGAUUCCUUGGUGCUCCAGGCCCCCCCGGUCCCCCUGGCCCUGUAGGGAGCCCCAGUCUAGGGUUUCAGGGGGAGCCAGGAGACAAGGGCGACGCAGGUCAGCCAGGACCCCGAGGCGUGCCCGGCGACGAGCCGCUAGUAGGCGCAACUGUUACCACUAUCUACAAAGGAGCUAAGGGCGAUGUGGGCCCGCAGGGAGACCCAGGCAGGCCCUUGGUCAGUGGAGUGGUGGAGUUUGUGGGCUUUCCUAAAGGAGACAAAGGAACAAAGGGGGAAGGGGGUUACAAAGGAGUGCGUGGACCAACUGGUAGACCUGGCCCACCUGGUCCUUUUGGCUAUCCUGGCGAGGUGGGAGAGAAUGGAAUUUUGGGGUAUCCAGGGGGGCGGGGUCCUCCUGGUUUUAACGGGCCUCCCGGAUCUCAAGGAAGACAGGGAUUCAUAGGAAGUCCAGGGUUCCCCGGCCAACCAGGCUACAGAGGACCUAAGGGCGAACAGGGAGAACAGGGGCCUCCCGGACCCCCAAUCUACACUGACGCACAAGGGAUGUCUGUUCAAGGAGCACCAGGUGACAACGGUAUCAACGGCCUCCCCGGUCAACCAGGUGAUGCAGGAGCUCCAGGGUUUCCAGGACAACCAGGACGACCAGGCGACUCCUUCGGCGAUGGUCGCAGAGGUAGCCCAGGGUUCCCUGGUACCCAGGGGCCUAAGGGAGAGAGGGGUAACCCAGGCAGACAGGGCUAUGGUCCUGAGGGCCAACCAGGAGGACAAGGCUUACCAGGAACCCCCGGACCACCCGGACCACCAGGCAGAUCUGCCAACAUCCAAACUGACUUGUUCAACAAUCUACCAGGAACGCCAGGACGACCAGGAGCCCAGGGACCACCUGGAGCCAGUGGAUAUAAGGGACCCAAAGGGGAGCUGGGUGACUGUAACUGCCUGGGAGAAGGCACCUCGGGUGGGGUGGGGGCACUGGGUGCUCCUGGGGCUGAUGGAAGACCUGGGGGGUCAGGACGUAAAGGCGAGAGCGGAGACCCUGGCAUACCUGGUUUCGGAGGACAACCAGGAACACCUGGUCGUGCGGGUGAGAGGGGUUUCUUCGGGCGUAAAGGAGAGAAGGGUGCUUCCUUCUACCCGUCGUUCAGCCGGGGGAUCAAGGGUGAACUGGGGGCCCAGGGCCCUCGGGGCCCCCCUGGAGACAUGGGCCGACCCGGGAGAGAUGGACUGCCUGGCUUCCCUGGACAGCCUGGGCCUCCUGCUGAUGUCGAUGGCUACGGAUCCGUCGGAGAGAGAGGUUUCCCAGGGUUCUCAGGGGCCAAAGGUCGCGCGGGUGAACCAGGAGAGAGUGGGAUUGGCUACGAGGGUGACGUCGGUACCCGCGGGUUGCCAGGCGACCCGGGCUUCUCCGGGUUACCAGGGCAACCUGGUUUGCCUGGCCCGCCAGGUGACAGCUGUGGGCAGGAGGGGGUUAAUGACGCAGAGGGAGGGUUGACGGUCCCUUGUCGUCUAUCUGGCGAGGAUGGAGAACCCGGCUACCCAGGAAUACCUGGAAGACCAGGUUCCAAGGGCGAGCCAGGUUUCCCAGGGGGUCCCGGUCGGCCCGGCUUUGAUGGAGGGAAAGGAGAGAGAGGAGACCCUGGCUUCGGAGGUCGGCCUGGACCACAAGGAUUCCCUGGCCCCAGAGGAGAUGCGGGGGUCCCAGGUAUCCCAGGCGAGGGCCGUCCAGGGGCCCCAGGGAAGAACGGGCUCCCGGGGCGACCGGGGGAAAAGGGGCAGCCGGGGCAGGUGCUGGGGGCCUCAAUAGGGCUCCCUGGAUCACCUGGGUUCCCUGGAGGACCAGGAGACAAGGGAGAGCGAGGAGCGUCGGGACUACCUGGAGGAUCAGGUUUUGACGGACGGUCCGGUGUUCCCGGAGCUAAGGGCGAGCGCGGUACAGAUGGCUACCCCGGAACGCCAGGUCUUCCCGGACUUCCUGGAGAGGGCAGACUGGGUGGAUUUCCCGGUCCUGCCGGACCACCCGGAAGGAAAGGAUUAACCGGAUCUCCAGGCUGUCAAGGCUACCCCGGUGUGAAGGGAGCCAGAGGUGACGCAGGCUUCCCAGGCCCAGCUGGGAUGAAGGGACAACCAGGAGAACCAGGAGGCGAUGGCCCUCCAGGACUCAGGGAUCUUCCAGGACCACCGGGCCCCGGGGGAAGAGACGGCAUCCCUGGGGGACCAGGAAGAAAGGGCGAGAGCGGUUACCCCGGACUGGUGGGUUUCCCCGGAAUGCCAGGUAACCCUGGAAGACCUGGUGGUCCAGGAGGGAAAGGAGCUCCUGGAUUCUCAGGAAGAGAAGGUCUGCCCGGAGACUUCGGAGCACCAGGACCUAAAGGUGACAGAGGUGACACUGGUCUCCCCGGCGCACCCUCUCUGCCCGUCAGAGUUGAGUACAUUGAGAAGGGACAGAGGGGCGACAAUGGUGCCAACGGUCUACCCGGUUUCCCUGGACCUAGAGGUGACAAGGGUUUCCCAGGGCAGCCUGGUCGUCAGGGAUUGCCCGGGCUGCCUGGUUAUGCUGACAGGGCUAAAGGAGAACCAGGACUUCCUGGUCUCCCUGGACGCCCAGCCGGGCCAGGCUACCCAGGACCUAAAGGAUCUCCCGGUAUUAUCGGCUUCCCUGGCAUGCCUGGACCUAGGGGUGACGAUGGCGAACCUGGCUUCCCUGGAAACCCUGGAGUCCCUGGUCAGCCAGGUGCUAAAGGUGAGAGAGGUGACUCGUCCGGCUACCCCGGUGGUCCGGGAGCUAAAGGUGAGGCCGGAACCCCUGGUUACUCAGGUGGCCCAGGUGCUAAAGGCGCCCCCGGGGACAACGGUUUCCCAGGCGGCCCUGGGUUCAGCGGACAGAAGGGAGCACUGGGAGAUUCAGGAAGACCCGGACUCACGGGUACCCCUGGUUUCACUGGCGGUAAGGGUCUGAACGGAUACCCAGGAGGAAGAGGUCUAGAUGGGACGCCUGGCCGCCCCGGCUCCCCUGGAACAUCUGGAGAGAAAGGUCUGCCAGGAUCUCCUGGUCUUGAUGGGCUCAACGGACUGGCUGGACCCAAGGGUCUACCAGGAACCCCAGGUUAUAGUGAGGGGGGUCGUCCCGGCACCCCUGGCGUGGCUGGUCUGAAGGGAGAGAGGGGCUCCUCCAUCCCAGGAGGACCUGGGUACAAUGGAGAGAAGGGAGCUAGAGGAGAGUCAGGGGGUCCUGGUAUGACGGGCUUCCCAGGUCUGCCUGGUCCUCGCGGGGAGACGGUCGAUUCUAACAUCCCUGGACCACUGGGAAACCCUGGCCUGCCUGGAAUCGAUGGAGAACAAGGUUACCGUGGUCCUCCAGGCCCCCCAGGCCCACCUGGGCCCGGUACAACCCAGGGAGACAGAGGCGACGCUGGGCUAUCUGGCAUCCCUGGUACCCCUGGUAACCGUGGAGACCCUGGGGGUCCAGGUGGCAUAGGACGGGACGGAAACCCUGGAUUCAAAGGAGCGAGAGGUGACUCUGGGUACAGUGGAGCAUCAGGACAAAAGGGCUUCCCUGGAGAUCCAGGAUACUAUGGAGGGAAAGGACCCAAAGGAAGGAGAGGUAAUUAUGGUAAAAAGGGACCCCCAGGUAUAAUUUUCCCCGGGCCGAACAUCCAGAUAACCUAUGGAGACAUGGGAGGCCCCGGGGCCAACGGAGCUCCAGGGGCCGUGGGAGAACCAGGCAAUCCCGGCAUGCCAGGCAGAGCUGGUCCUAAAGGCAGGCCUGGUGGGGUGGGGAAGCUGGGGAGGAACGGAGGGUCAGGUCUGGAUGGACCUCUGGGAGGCUCUGGUCCUCCUGGUUUCCCUGGACCUACCGGGUCACAAGGUCUGCCCGGUAAGCCCGGCCUGCAGGGUCCCCCAGGUAGUGUGGCACGCAGCAGGAGUAUUGGCUACACUCUGGUGAAGCACAGUCAGAACAACCAGGUGCCCAUGUGUCCUCAGGGCAUGGCUCAGCUCUGGGAAGGAUACAGUCUGCUGUAUGUGGAGGGGCAAGAGAAGGCCCAUAACCAGGACCUCGGUAUGGCGGGCUCCUGCCUUACCCGUUUCAGCACUGUCCCCUUCCUGUACUGCACGCCCAACGAGAUCUGCUAUUACGCCAGCCGCAAUGACAAGUCCUUUUGGCUGUCCACCACGGCGCCCAUCCCCAUGAUGCCGGUAGGAGAGGAGGCCAUCAGCCAGUACAUCAGCAGGUGCUCCGUGUGCGAGGCCUACUCCCAGGCUGUAGCUGUCCACUCACAGGACCUCACCAUCCCCACCUGCCCUGCCGGCUGGAGGUCCCUCUGGAUCGGGUACUCCUUCCUCAUGCACACUGCUGCCGGGGCUGAGGGCGGCGGCCAGUCCCUGGUAUCUCCAGGGUCCUGUCUUGAAGACUUCCGCGCCACGCCCUUCAUCGAGUGUAACGGGGCCAAGGGCACCUGCCACUACUUUGCCAACAAGUACAGCUUCUGGCUGACCACGGUUGAGCCUAACCGGGAGUUCGACCCCCCUCCGAUGGACACACUGAAGGGAGGCAACCAACGCAGCCGAGUCAGUCGCUGUCAAGUCUGCAGCAAGAUCUUGUAGCUGGGAUAAGAGUUGAAGAUGGAGAGAUAGAGAGAAGAUAUGGAAAAUGAAAGAGAGAGAGACUGAAACAACAAAGGAGAGGGUAAUGAUUACUUAUCAGAAAGAAAAAGAGAGAUGGAGUAAUUGAAAUUAUAUUAAAAAUAAAAAAUAAACUUUGACUGAAUUUGA